AUGGAAGACACACAAUCCGUUGCUUCACUCCUACAAUCAACAACCUCCAAAAUCCAACAACUUCAAAAAGCAUUUGCUGAGCUUGAAAGUCAUAGAGCAAUAACCCUAAACCUAAAAUGGAAACAAAUCGAAGACCAUUUUCAUGGGCUUGAAAAAUCCCUAAAAAGACGUUUCACAGAACUCGAAGAUCAAGAAAACGAAUUCAAAAUCAAAACAACUCAAUCCCAAAAACUUCUAGAAACUCGCCAAUCAGCCGUCAUAGCCAAAGAAGAAGCUUCCUUACAAAAACUCCAAGAAAAAAGAGACCUUGCAGUUGCCGCCAUAACCGGCGGCACUCCCAUGGUGGAAGAGAAACCACCACCACCAGCACCACCACCGCCGCCACUCGAGUUAACCCUAACAAACCCUCAACUCGCUAAACUAUGCGAAGAGAAUGAUGUGGCGGGGCUUCAUAAGUUCAUUUCAGACAACCGGAAAAAUCUUGCCACCAUAAAAGAGGAGAUUCCGGUGGCUUUACAGGUGGCGGAUGAUCCGGGUGGUUUUGUUUUGGAUUCGGUUAGUGGGUUUUACAAUUUGGUUGAUGGGAAAAAGGAUGCGAAUCUUUUAGGGCAACGAAGAACGUGUAUUAUGUUGAUGGAGUGUUUGAGUGUUUUGUUGGAGAAUGUUGAUGGGGUUUAUGUUAAAAGGGUAAUUUCGGAAAAUGUGAAGGAAAGGGCGAAGGUUAUAGCUGAUGAAUGGAAACCGAAAUUGGAUGAUCUUGAUUUGGAUGCAAGUAAUGGGAACUCAUUGGAAGCUCAUGCUUUUUUGCAACUUGUUGCUACUUUUGGUAUUGAUUCUUGUUUUCUUAAAGAAGAUUUGAUAAAAUUGGUGCCAAUGGUGGCUCGCCGCCACCAAACCGCUGAUCUUUGCCGCUUCCUUGGGUUGUCGGAGAAGAUGCCAGGUGUAAUUGAUGUGUUGGUGAAUAGUGGAAGGCAUAUUGAUGCUGUUAACUUAGCAUUUGCUUUUGAGCUUACAGAGAAAUUCUCUCCUGUUUCAUUAUUGAAAUCAUACUUAACAGAAGCAAGAAGAGUCCCUUCACUCAUCAAAUCAGGAAAUUUAUCUCCUGCACAGAAUGAUGUAAGCGAGCGAGAACUAUACGCCCUAAAAACCGUAAUAAAAUGCAUCGAAGAACACAAGCUGGAAGACCAAUACCCGGUGGGCCCGCUUCAAAAACGGAUACUCCAACUCGAGAAAGCCAAGGCCGACAAAAAACGCGCUACAGAAGUCGCCAAACCACAACCCAAAAGACCCCGAGCCAAUGGGAUAUCUCCGGUAUACGCGCCCCCUCCUCGAAACACAAACACAGACAAAAACUUUUAUCCUAGAAUCACAGAAAGGUAUGCACCCGCACCCACACCCAAACCGCAGUCACAGUAUGUGUAUGACAACAGACCAUAUGGGUAUGCGGUUCAACCCGAUACCCACAUGGGUGCGUAUAUGGAUCGGAACAUCGCUGGCGUAUUUAAAGUGGAGAUGAUGUCAUUCCUGAAGGGGAUCGAUGUGAACAGGAUACCGCCGACGGCGGUUGAGGUGGAGGAGGAGGCCGACGUCUCCUCUCCAAAUAGCACCAUCUCGAGCAUCAGCAGGAAGAGAAGCGAGAGAGAUCUUCCUAUCAACGAACAGGACGACGAGAGAGCUUCUUCUCGAAGCAUGAGCGACGAUGAAGACGGCGAUAACUCCCGGAAGAAGCUUCGGCUGUCAAAAGACCAAUCGACGAUACUUGAAGAGAGCUUCAAGGAACACAAUACUUGA